AUGUUUCUCAUUACUUAUACUUUGAAGACUUCUUUAUCUUUUGGGAAGUUUUAUUGCACUAUCUAUAUCGGUUAUCUAUCUAUCUAUCUAUCUAUCUAUCUAUCUAUCUAUCUAUCUAUCUAUCCCAGUCUCUUCAUACUUAUUUGUCUAUCUCACGUUCUUCGUAUCUGUCUAUCGAUCCCAGUCUCCUCAUACCUACUUAUCUAUCUCACUUCAUAUCUAUCUAUCUAUCUAUCUAUCUAUCUAUCUAUCUAUCUAUCUAUCUAUCUAUCUAUCUAUCUAUCUCUCUCAGUCACUUUAUACCUAUUUAUCUAUCUCGGUUUCUUCAUAUCUAUCUAUCUAUCUAUCUAUCUAUCUAUCUAUCUAUCUAUCUAUCUAUCUCAGUCUCUUCAUGCACGACUUCUGUUAAUAUCUAUCUAUCUAUCUAUCUAUCUAUCUAUCUAUCUGUCUGUCUGUCUAUCUAUCUAUCUAUAUGUCUGUCUGUCUGUCUGUCUGUCUAUCUAUCUAUCUAUCUAUCUAUCUAUCUAUCUAUCUGUCUGUCUGUCUGUCUGUCUAUCUAUCUAUCUAUCUAUCUGUCUGUCUGUCUGUCUAUCUAUCUAUCUAUCUAUCUAUCUGUCUGUCUAUCCGUCUAUCUAUCACAAUAUUUGCUUUUAUCUAUCUAUCUAUCUAUCUAUCUAUCUAUCUAUCUAUCUAUCUAUCUAUCUAUCACAAUCUGUUCAUAUCUAUCUCAGUCAUUUAAUUAUCUCUCUCUAUCUAUCUAUCUAUCUAUCUAUCUAUCUAUCUAUCUAUCUAUCAUCACAGUCUUUUCAUAUCUCAGGCAAUCCAUUAUAUAUCUAUCUCAUUAAUUUUACUCUCUGUCUAUUUAUCUCAUUAAUUUUACUAUCUAUCUAUCUAUCUAUCUAUCUAUCUAUCUAUCUAUCUAUCUAUCUAUCUAUCUAUAACAAUAUGUUCAUAUCUAUCUCAGUCAUUCAAUUAUCUAUCUAUCUCUAUCUAUCUAUCUAUCUAUCUAUCUAUCUAUCUAUCUAUCUAUCUAUCUCUUUUACUAUGGUGAUUAUCUAUCUAUCUAUCUAUCUAUCUAUCUAUCUGUCUAUGUCUUUCUGUCUAUCUAUCUAUCUAUCUUUCUAUCUAUCUAUCUAUCUAUCUAACUAUCUAUCUAUCUAUCACUGGUAA